AUGCAGCAACGCAUGAUGGAGCACGUGCGCGACUCAGUUGGAGCGCUGGGGGCUCCACCGGCAGGCGUCGACACCUCGGAAGCUCUGCGGAGGCUUCGAGCGCAUGGCUUCUACGGCUCCGACGAGGACGUGAAGCUGGGGAACUACAAUCCCGAUCUGCUCUCGCUGCCGUCCGUGGGGAGCCAUGCGGUUUCGCUCGCGGACUUGCGGGGCGCAGGCGGGCGCAGGCGCGUCGCGGAGUUCGUCCGCGAUAGUGUGCUACCUGCGGGGCCGGCGCUGGAGAGGAGGAAGAUGCGCGGCGUGAGGGCGCCCUAUUCCGACCCAGCUCUUCGCCAACCGCGUGUGUGGAGCGACUUUGUCUCGCGGCUUCAUCGCAGCGGCCUGCUAGAUUUUGCCUACGACCGCGGCAGGGAGUCCGUGGAGUUCUUCUGCGUUCCGAAAGAGGAUCAGCGAUUGAGACUCGUUUGCGAUUGCCGUCGCAGCAACGUCUGGUUUCGCGAGCCUGAUAAUGUCACUCUUUGCACUGGUGAGACUCUUGGGAACCUCGAAGUCGGUGGAGGCGAGACGCUCUAUAUUUCGGAAGCUGACCUGUCCAAUGCAUUCUACCAUUUGCAGCUGCCUGUCGAGUUGCGGGAUCUGUUCACCCUUAGGCGCGUCCGUGCUCGUGAUAUCGGCUUGACUGAGAUUGGCGGGAAACCAUAUGUCGGCAACUUCGUGGCCAUUUCGAUUGUCGCCUCCAAGGUGCAUCGCCUCGCGUCCGCCGUGGUGGAGGGGUUCAGGGAGGCGGGGUUGGCCGUGACCGCCGAUGUCGACUCGCCCGGAGAGGUCCUCGAGAGGCUUGCGGGGCACAUGGGGUUCAUCAGCCUGGUCCGACGGGAAAGCCUCUCGGUCUUCGACACGCUGUUCGCGUUCAUCCGCCGCUUCUACUACGAGGAGGCCCCGCUGUGGCCCAGUGUCAUCAACGAGCUCACGAUCUGGGAGGGGAUCGCGCCGCUGCUGUGGCGCAACCUGAAGGCCUCGUGGGGGCCGUCGCUGUGCGCCGUCGACGCGUCCCCGACCGGUCUGGGAGCUGCCGCCGCUGCCGCCGUGUCCGACGACCCCGAGGUGCAGUGGCUGUCCGGAGUGCACGACAACGGGUCCGGAGGUCUCUGGGAUGUUGAUGGGGGGCCGCCGCCUGCUGGCAGUGCCGCCGCCGUUCUGGGUUCCGGGCUCGGCGAUUCUCGUGACACCGUGUUUCGUGAGGUGCCCCUGAAGCUCUUACGACGUGACUGGAAGAUUGUCGGGAGGUACAAGUGGAACGUUGAGGAGCCGAUGCCUAUCCUUGAGGGCCGGGCUAUCUUGUAUGCACUCCGACACGCCCUGAGGAAUGUUCAGAAUUUCGGGCGGCGGAUCGCGGUCCUGGGGGGCGCCCUCGUCGCUGCCUGCGCAGUCUCGAAGGGGCGGUCUGAUUCCAGGGCGAUGCUCAAGGUCACCCAGUCCGUGGCUGCUCUCUGUCUGGCCACUGGGUGCGCGUUGCACUGCCGGUGGCUCCCCUCAGAGUGGAAUGUGGCUGACGGGCCCUCGAGAGGGCUUGCAGUUCCGUCAGUGCCGCAGCCGCUGCCCCUCUCGAAGCCUCACGAGCUGGAGUGGCUUCGCUCGGCUGGGCAGCCUGCGCCCGCCCCGCGGCCCCGCCCCGCGGCAGGAGGCGAUGCUGCUACGAGCGUCGCCGUCGACCGGCUCUCAGCCAACUGGGUCGGCUUCGCGGCCCUCGGGGAGGAGCAGUCUGACGCGGGCGCCAGCCGCUUCGAGCCCGUCUUCAUCGGCGGCGUUUCCUUCGCGGGCCGCUCCCAGCAGCGCGCCAGCGGCUGUGCCCCGCCGGGCGCCCGCGUGAAGGAGGCGGCGAGGCGGCGGGCGGCCGCGACCGCGGCCGAGGGGCUGACCGUCUGCCAGACUCACUCGGUUCGCCCCGCUACGUUGCGGCUGUACCAAGACGACUUUGCCUCGUUCAAGCGCUGGCUGAGUCGCCAGGGCCGCCCGAUGCCCGAGGGCGAGCUGGACGCCGACCAGACCCUCUCCCAGUACCUGGACGAGAUGUACCUCGACGGCGCGCACGUCAGCUUGGGGCAGCGGAUGCUCGCCGCUGUGCUGUUCCACCAGUCGGCCCUGAGCAAGGCGGGCGGCGCGCGGAUGGCGCGCAGCCGCCGCGCGCUCAAGGGCUGGCAGCGCCUGGCGCCUGCAGGCUCCAGGCUCGGGGUGCCGUACGAGGUGAUGUGCAUGAUCGUGAUGUGGAUGUGGCUGCGCGGCCUGUGGGAGGAGGGGCUCGUGACCUGGCUGACGUUCGAGAUGUACUAUCGCCCGAACGAGCCGUUCACCCUCCGCGCGCGGGACCUCGCGCCCCCGGUGGCGGGCUCGCGGGCCGGCGGCAGCUGGUCGCUGACGCUGCAUGCCCGCGAGCACGGGGUGGCGUCAAAGACCCAGGAGUUCGACCAGGCGCUGCUCCUGGACCUGGACCGGCAGGCGGCUCUCGGCCCGGCGCUCGGCGCCAUGCUGGAGGCGCGGUUCGGACCGCAGUGGCGCCAGGCG